GACAACGCAUCGAAAAUGAUCAGCGCCACAAAGUGACAGUUAAAAUACUGUUUUCCUCCCGCGAAAAAGCUUUUACAAAAAGUGACUUCAUUACCUGGCUUUAUUCAACUGGAAAGCCCCAACUCCAACAUGCCCACACCUCCCCCUAUUUUUUUUCACGCUACUUUUCUUCGUCUGCUCUCCUCUCUGCUCCAAGAUCACACUUUCUCCAUAUUCUCUGCAAAAAAUGGUUAAAGAAACUGAAUUCUACGAUAUUCUCGGCGUCAGCCCCGCGGCAUCAGAGGAGGAAAUUCGCAAGGCCUACUAUCUUAAGGCGAGGCAAGUUCACCCCGAUAAGAAUCCAGACGAUUCCCAGGCAGCUGCCCGAUUUCAGGUGCUAGGAGAAGCUUACCAAGUUCUGAGUGAUCCAUUGCAGAGAGAUACAUAUGAUCAGAAUGGGAAGAAUUGCAUAUCUAAGGAGACAAUGCUCGAUCCAACUGCUGUCUUCGCCCUCCUGUUUGGGAGCGAGCUUUUUGAGGAUUACAUCGGCCAUAUAGCAGUGGCAUCAAUGGCCUCAAGUGAGCUAGCUGGUGAGGGUGACAAUCCGGAAAAAGUCCACGACAAGCUCAAGGCAGUCCAACGAGAGAGGGAGGAGAAGCUUGCUGCGAAACUGAGAGACUUCCUUCAGCAACAUGUUGGUGGUGACAGAGAUGGAUUCAUCAGAAAAGCUGAAUCAGAAGCAGAGAGGCUUUCACAUGCAUCUUUUGGUUCUGAAAUGUUGAAUACCAUCGGAUACAUAUACACGAGGCAGGCAGCGCUGCAGCUAGGGAAGAAAGCCAUCUAUCUAGGGGUGCCGUUUGUGGCUGAGUGGGUUCGCAACAAGGGACACUUUUGGAAGUCACAAUUCACUGCAUCAAAAGGUGCUUUUCAGCUUCUGCAGCUUCAGGACGACAUCAGGCGCCAGUGCAAGAUCGAGGGCAGUGGUGAGGAAGACGACGUGGAGGCUCAUUUACGACAGAAUAGAGAGACGCUCAUGAACUCGCUAUGGAAGCUGAAUGUGGUAGACAUUGAGAUAACUCUGGUGCAUGUCUGUCAAAUGGUGCUGCAGGAUGGCCGUGUGAGAAGGGAAGAGCUCAAAAUGCGAGCCGUCGCUCUGAAAAAUCUAGGGAGAGUUUUUCAGAGUCAAAAGUUUAUGCAGAAUGGUGGAACAUCAAAGAAGAAAGUUGCUUCAGCAGAUGAAGAUGACAGCAGCUCUGAUAGCAGUGAUGAUGAAGACUCUCACAGACCACUAAAUUACAGGACUCCUCUUGUUACACAGGUCUCUCUCUCUCUCUACACAUAUUUAUACACACACACAUACUUGUACAUUCAUUUGAAUCAGAUAAGCAGCAGAAGCAGUUGAGUCUCACUGUGAUUUAUUUCCAUUUGUGACAGGGCAUCGGCAGGCUCUUCAGGUGCCUCUGCAACCCGGCAUUUGACGUUGAUGACGAUGAAAUUGUGUACAGAGGAAGAUGAGUGAUCAACAGAUUAUUGCUUCUGUUUAGACAAGCCUGGUUUUGUUAGAACAACUAAAUGGUGUUUUAACUGAGGCUCAGUUCAUGUUACAAGAAAGUGUCUGUAUCUAUACAAAAAAAAAAAAAAAGAGGCAUUUUGAUUCAGAUAUUGAUUAUUUCAUGUUUUUUGUUUAGGAGAAAACCACAGUUUCUCAUUUUCAAGAGCGUGUAUGUAGGUUUGCAAGAAAAACUGAAAUUGAUUCUGUUUGAAA